AUGAAUCGUUAUCACCAUUUCGAUGAUGAACUCGAUUUAAAUAUAAGAAAUUCAGCAGCUAUUUUACAUGAAGUCGAAAUUGAUGAGCCAUAUCAAUUAGAAGUUAAUUCUCAAAUUUCAACACAUUCUUCAAAUUAUAGUAAAUUAAAAAUAUUUUUCUUACGUCGUACAUUACUUGAACGUUAUUUAUUUUUCUUAACAAUUUUUCUUUUAAUUAUUUUAUUUAUUAUAACUAUUAUUUAUCUUCGAUAUUCAAAAGAAAAUUUUUAUAAUUCCAUAUGUUUAACUCCAUCAUGUAUUCAAGUAUCAUAUGAAUAUUAUUCUAGUAUAAAUCAAACAAUUGAUCCAUGUGAAAAUUUUCAUGAAUUUGUAUGUGGUAAUUGGAUUAAAAAAAAUAUUAUUCCAAAAGGUCAUUCAUCAUGGUCAAUAAUAAAAGAAUUAACAAAAAAAAAUAUAAUUAUAUUAAAAAAUCUUCUUGAACAAACAUCAAUAUCAUUAUUAUUAUCUAAUACUGAACAACAAACUAUUAAAUAUUAUCAAUCAUGUAUGAAUAUAACAGAAAGUGAACGAUUACAUAUUGAACCAUUAGAAAAAUUUUUUCAAUUAAAUUUAAAUUUUACAUUAAACCAAUGGAUUAAUUUAGAUAAAAAUCAAACAUGGCAACAAUUAUUUAUUUAUUUAAUUAAAAUAUUUUCAAAUCAAUAUGAAUUUACAAAUAUAUUUCCAAUUAAAAUUAGUCCAGAUGAAAAAAAUUCAACAUGGUAUAAUAUUCAUAUUAAUCAACCUAAACUUAUUCUUGAUAGUCGAGAUUAUUAUAUUAAUUCAACAAAAAAUAAUCAAACAAAUCAAAAUAUUCGAGAAGCAUAUAGUAAAGUUGGUUCAGAUAUAUUACAAUUACUUGGUUUUGAAAAAAAUGAUUCAAUUAAACGUAUGGAUAAUAUUAUUCAAUUUGAAACUGAACUUGCAAUAGUUAAUUUACCUAUGGAAAUUUUACAAAAACCAUUAGAAAAAUAUUAUUUAAUGAAUUUAAAACAAUUUCAAGAACAAUAUAAAUCGAUAGGAUUUGAUAUAUAUUUAUUUUUAAAUGAUAUAUUUAAUGUAAAUAUAUCAAAUCCAAUAAAAUUAAAUGAAAAUGAUCAAAUUAUUGUUUAUUCCUAUGAACUUAUGUUAAAUAUAUCAAAAAUUUUAACAAAUUAUUUAUUAACAUUAAAUAAAAGUUAUAUUAUUAUUGAUCAUUUAUUAUUUUCAUUUGUAUUUGAUAAAAUUUUAUAUUUAUCACCUUUAUUUGAAAAAACUCUAUUACCAUUAAAAAAAGAACUUUAUGGAAUUGAUUCACUAACUGAACGAUGGGAAUUUUGUAUUAAACGAACAGAUGAAGCAUUUGGAUAUGGACUUGGUGCUUUAUAUAGUAGAGCUGUAUUCGAUGAAACUGAUCGAUUAAAAGCAAAUGAAUUAGUUAAAAAUAUUCGUAUAAGUUUCGAAGAAAAUCUUAAUAAUCUUCAAUGGAUUGAUGAACAAUCAAAAAUUGAAGCAAAGAAAAAAUUAGAAAAAAUGAAUGAAAAAAUUGGUUAUCCAGAAUUUAUAAAAAAUCAAACAAAAUUAAAUGAACGUUAUGCUGAUUAUUCAAUUAUGGAAAAUGAAUAUUUUAAUAAUGCAAUUCAAGUACAACAACGAGAACAUCGACGUCGAAUUUUAAAAUAUCGACAAAAAGUUGAUUCUAUUGAAUGGAGUAUAACACCACGAACAGUUAAUGCUUAUUAUGCUCUACAAUUAAAUGAAAUUGUUUUUCCAGCUGGUAUUCUUCAAUCACCAUUAUUUCAUAAAGAUUUACCAUUAGCAAUUAAUUAUGGAGCUAUUGGAUCAGUUAUUGGUCAUGAAGUUACACAUGGUUUUGAUAAUGAAGGUCGAGAAUAUGAUAGUAAUGGAAACUUACGUUCAUGGUGGACAAAUAUAUCAUUAAAUAAUUUUCAAGAAAAAACAAAUUGUUUUAUUAAACAAUAUUCAAAUUUUUCAAUCGAUGGACAAUAUGCCAAUGGACAAAGAACAUUAGAUGAAAAUAUUGCUGAUAAUGGUGGUGUAAAAAUAUCUUAUUUUGCAUAUCAAAAACAUAAACAACGUACAUUAAAUACUAGUAAUGAUCUUCGUCUUCCAAGUUUAAAUUAUAAUAAUGAUCAAUUAUUCUUUAUUGCAUUUGCUUAUACUUGGUGUGAUAUUGAAACUUCAAAUUCUUUGCAUGACGAUUUAAUAAGUGAUCCACAUUCACCAGCAUCUAUUCGUAUAUUUGGAACAGUACAAAAUAGUGAUGAAUUUUCGAAAGCAUUUUCAUGUAGAUCAAACACAAUGAUGAAUCCGAGUUCUAAAUGUCAAUUAUGGUAG